AUGGCACCGGCCGUGCCCAAGAAAGCCCAAAAACUUGGGCGCGCCCUCAAAUCCGCAGCCCGCUUCCCGGGCCGUGGUAGCGGCCGAAACCACUUCUCUCCAUCCCCAGGCGAACAACCAGUCGUCUUCCUUCGCGUUCAAGUAAUUGGUUGUCGUAACCUCGCCAGGGCUCGAAAUGGCGCACAAGCAAAAGAGGGCGACCUCAAUCCUUUAGUCGUCGUUUCCCUACUCAAUAAUCGACACCACACUCCUGUCCUCAAACGCACUCCUAACCCGUCCUAUGCUGCUAAAGACGCCACCUUCGACUUUCCUAUCUAUCUAUCUCUUGCUGAUAGGCUAGGGUCCGUCGAACUAGUCGUCUGGGACAGGGACACCUUGAAAUUGAAGAAAGAAUACGUCGGAGAAGUCGCGCUUACUCUCGAGUCCUGGUUUCGGGACGGUGAUGAAAAUCUGCUUGUCGAUAGCCUAGGUUUCUCAGCUGAAACUAAUCAGCCACGCCCUGUAAGCCUCGUAUCGACACGUGCAAACACACAUGCAUCUGGAAUGGCAGUAGUCAAACUUGGUUUCGUUGCACCUCCUGGUGUACAAUCCCCAAUGGCUUUUGAACGUGUCUUUGCUGAGCUCGUAAAACGAUCCCGCCCGAGUCUCGUUUCUGCCCCUCCAAGGUUCCGAACAUCUUGGGCAAGCAAAAAAGUAGACUACAACUUCUCCACUUCAAACUCAAACGACAUAGUCGGGAUCGUGAUGCUCGAGAUACAAGGCGCGACUGAUUUGCCUAGGUUGAAGAACAUGACCCGCACCGGCUUUGACAUGGAUCCCUUCGUAGUGAUCUCUUUCUCCAAAAAGAUUUUUCGUACGCGUAUCAUCCGGCAUUCCCUCAACCCCACCUGGGACGAGAAACUCCUCUUCCACGUACGUCGAUACGAGACGUCAUUCAAGGUCCAAAUGACGGUCCUUGACUGGGAUAAGUUAUCGAGUAACGAUCACGUAGGCGAUGUCUGGUUAGACGUCGGCGAACUGGUCAGAGAUGCGCCGCAGCCUGAUCCGCGGACAGGGUUGUAUGCAGAAGGAACCGGAGAAGGAAGGGAGAUGAAGCAGUUUUGUAUGCCCUUGACGACGGCGAAAGAGAUGGCUUGGGAGGCGAAGCAUAAUCCUACUAUUUCCUUCCGUGCAAAAUUCCAACCCUAUGCCGAGCUUCGUCAGCGAUUUUGGGCACAGUAUCUGAAGCAGUACGACACAGAUGAUACUGGUGCCAUAUCGCGCGUGGAACUCACCUCUAUGCUUGAUUCUCUUGGCUCGACACUCUCUGCGCAGACUAUCGACUCCUUCUUCACUCCAGAAGACGAACUAACCUUGGAAGAAUCGAUCCAAUGUCUAGAAACAGAGCUCGUGCGGCCCGCAUGCGAAAAGAAGAGGAUCGACACUGUAGAUGCCUUCAUGGACAGAGAUAUCACGUCGACGUCUGGUGGCUCUAGAUCCAAUAACUCGAGGCAGGACUCUGCUUCGUCGUCUGAUCCCGACGAUGUAACUUCAACCCAGGUGUCCUCCUCAGACACCUUUGAGCGGGUUAUCAAUAUCAAGAAUUGCCCGUUGUGCCAUCGACCACGAUUGAACUCAAAAGCGGAGAUGGACAUCAUCACACAUCUGGCUAUAUGUGCUAGUCAGGACUGGGCGAAGGUGGAUAAGAUUGUUGUGGGGAACUUCGUGACUGCGAGUCAGGCACAGAGGAAGUGGUAUACGAAGGUUAUUUCGAAGGUGUCGAAUGGGAACUAUAGGAUUGGAGCUAACUCGGCGAACAUCAUUGUGCAGAAUCGGAUGACGGGGCAGCUGCAGGAAGAGAAGAUGCAGGUGUAUGUUCGGCUCGGAAUUCGGUUAUUGUAUAAAGGUGCCAGAGGGAGGAUGGAGGGUGCACGAGCUCGUCGACUUCUCAAGUCGUUAUCCAUCAAACAAGGCGCUAAAUACGACUCGCCAGAAUCUGCUCGCGAUAUUCCAGGUUUCAUCGAGUUCCAUGGGCUUCAAGUCAAUGAGAUCUUGGAGCCGAUAAGCUCUUUCAAAACCUUUAAUGAUUUCUUCUACCGUAAACUCAAGCCCUCCGCCAGACCCACCGAAAGCCCCGACGAUCCCCGCCGUCUCGUUAGUGCCGCCGACUGUCGUCUCAUGGUAUUUGAAACUGUCUCGGAAGCUACAAAGCUUUGGAUCAAAGGCCGCGAGUUCAGCAUUGCGAGAUUACUGGGCGAUGCGUACCGUGAUGAGGCGGAGAGAUAUGUGGGUGGGCCUCUGGCGAUUUUCAGACUCGCACCUCAGGAUUAUCAUCGGUUCCAUGUUCCUGUGGAUGGCAGGAUUGGGGAGAUCAGGGAUGUGAAGGGGGAGUAUUAUACUGUGAACCCCCAAGCAAUUCGGAGCGCACUAGAUGUCUAUGGAGAAAACGUGAGAAAGAUCAUACCUAUCGAUAGUCCACAAGUUGGGCGGGUCAUGGUGGUUUGCGUUGGUGCGAUGAUGGUGGGGAGUAUCAAGGUGACUGUUGAAGAGGGGCAGGAUGUCAAGCGCGGUCAAGAACUUGGAUAUUUUGCUUUCGGGGGCUCGACGAUCGUCGUCUUAUUCGAGCGGGGAACUGUGGAAUGGGAUGAGGAUCUAGUGAUCAAUGGGAGAGCGUGUUUGGAGACGUUGGUCCGAGUGGGGAUGGGGAUUGGAACUUGUAAGCGGCACAGUCCAAGUCACAGUCACAGCGGUAGGGUAUGA